AAUCUUAAAACUUGAAAAGAACACACCCCAAACCUUAAACUUCACCUAAUACAAUCUACAUCUAGUUUGUACACAUCAAGCAAUACAGUAACACUACAAAUCCACAAAUUUUACCAAAAAAAAUUACAAGAAAUAUCAAUCCAUUUUACAUAGAUAUAUUCAUUGCACACUUCAAUUCAGGGUAAUAAUUCUGAGUAAAAAGUCAUGCUCCUUGUAAUAAGCCUGCAAAAGCAAAGUAGAUCAUCUAUUUGGGGAAGGCACAAACAAAAGAGAAACAGCACCCAGAGAGAGAGAGAGAGAAAGUGGUGAGUGUUUCUCCCUCCUCUCGUACAUUACACACUUUCCCUUUCAUUUCUUCUCAUCAAUUUGCAAUAGAUUAUAAUCCUAUUCACACAAAAGUCCACCUGCUCAAGCCGCCCAAAAGUAAACGCUUAUACCCCCCUUCCAUCUUUUUCUAUUGUUCCGUGUCAACAUCAACGCCUCUCUCCCCUCUCACCUCUCUAUCUUUCUCUAUCUUUCUGGGUUAAUGGGCAUUGACUAAAAUUCUUCACAAACUUAGAAUCAAAAGUAGAAAAACCCCGCAUGAUUGAUUGGAGAAUCUUAGCAUCCUAACCUGUCUUCUUCUUCUUUUCUUCUUCUUGUUCUGAUUAUGAUCAAAGACAUCAUCACCACCACCACCACCAUCACAGACCAGCCAUGCCAUACUAUCUCUUUAUGCUCAUCCUUGUUCUCUAUCUCUCUUGUUUUCCCAAUCCCAUUCAUGCCUGCAACCAACUUGAUCAAGAUUCUCUCUUGUCCUUUUCUCUCACCAUUUCACCUCCUCUCAAUUGGACUUCAGACCUUGAUUGCUGCCUCUGGGAAGGCAUUGCCUGUGAUGGGAACAAUCGCGUGUCCCGUCUCUGGCUGCCUUCCCAAGGCCUCCGGGGAUUUAUUUCCCUCUCCAUCUUAAACCUCACCGGCCUCAAUCAACUCAAUGUCUCCCACAAUUAUCUUUCUGGUACUCUCCCUGACCAAUUCUUCUCAUCCUUGAUUCACCUCGAGAUCAUCGACUUGAGCUAUAACAGGUUAUCCGGACCAUUACCACCGACUGAUAGCUUGCCAAUUACAAUCCAGAAAUUGGAUUUGUCAAGCAAUCACUUCAAUGGGACAGUUCAGUCCUUGUUUUUUCAGCCAGGUUGGAAUUUGACAGCUUUUAAUGUCAGUAACAACAGUUUUGCGGGCCCAAUCCCUUCCUCGAUUUGCACAAAUUCAGCCUCAGUCCAGUUCCUGGAUUUCUCAUUCAAUGAAUUCAGUGGUCAGAUUCCACUCGGAUUCGGAGGGUGUUCGAAACUCGAGGUCCUGCGAGCAGAUUUCAAUCGGCUCUCAGGACCGAUCCCCAGCGAUAUAUAUAAAGCCGGGGCGCUACAAGAAAUCUCUUUUCCAGUCAAUAAACUCAACGGAACGAUUGGUGGUAGAAUUGUUAACCUGACAAAUCUCAGAAUCCUUACACUGUAUGGUAAUGGAUUGACCGGCGUGAUUCCUCAGGAUAUUGGGAAGCUCUCAAACUUGGAAGAACUGCUUCUUCAUAUUAACCUCCUGACCGGUACUCUGCCACCGUCACUGAUGAAUUGCACCAAUCUCAAGACACUGAAUUUAAGGGUGAAUUGGUUACAAGGCGAGCUUGCAUUGCUUAAUUUUUCGAAUCUUGCUCAACUUACCACACUGGACUUGGGGAACAAUAACUUCACUGGUGCCCUGCCUGUAAGCCUUUACUCAUGCAAAUCGCUGACGGCUGUUCGAUUGGCAACUAACCAACUAGUGGGACAAGUCUUGCCCGACAUAGUCGCAUUGCAAUCGCUCUCAUUCCUUUCGCUUUCUAACAAUAGCCUGACCAAUUUCACAGGAGCAAUCAAGAUUCUCAUGGGUUGCAAGAACCUCAGCACCCUCAUCAUAUCGAAGAAUUUCUAUAAUGAAUCGAUAUCAGAUGAUCAGAAUAUGAUGGAUUCAGCAGGGUUUCAAAAUCUCCAAGUUUUGGGUUUGGGGGGUUGUGGUUUCACCGGUGAAAUUCCGAGUUGGUUGGCUAAACUUCGGAAGUUGGAGGUGGUGGACUUGUCUCAAAAUCAAAUCACAGGCUCAAUUCCAGGUUGGUUGGGGACUCUUCCAAGCCUCUUUUACAUGGACUUGUCUUAUAAUCUCCUUCUGGGAAGCUUCCCAAUGGAGCUUACUCAAAUGCCAACACUGGCAACAGAACAGGGCGCCGAUGAAAUAAGCCGGAGUUAUCUGGAAUUGCCAGUCUUUGUACAACCCAACAAUGCUUCUUUCAUGCAGUACAAUCAGCUAGCCAAUCUGCCACCAGCAAUUUACUUGAAUAACAAUAACAUCAGUGGCAAUAUACCCAUCGAGAUUGGCCAAUUGAAGUUUAUUCAUGUGCUAGACCUAAGCAAUAACAACUUCUCUGGUACCAUUCCGGACCAAUUAUCUAAUCUGACUAACUUGGAAAAACUCGAUCUUUCUGGAAACCAUCUCACCGGUGAAAUUCCAGCAUCCCUGAGUAGUCUCCAUUUCUUGUCUUCGUUCAGCGUCGCAUAUAACAAUCUUCAAGGACCGGUACCAACAGGAGGUCAGUUUGAUACUUUUUCGACAUCCAGCUUCGAGGGAAAUCAAGGGUUGUGCGGUCCAGUUCUUCACCACUCUUGCUCAAUUCAACCGGGGUCUAGGAACCCCUCUGCACCCAAUAAAAUCCCCCAAAAGAAAAUCAUCAUUGGACUCAUCCUCGGUAUCUGUUUUGGCGUUGGCUUUACUCUUACUGUGCUAGCAUUAAUGAUAUUGUCCAACAGGAGGAUUCUUCCGAAAUGUGGCCCUGAAAAAAUUGAUUCGGAUUCAAUUUCCUUCAACUCUAAUUCCGGAAUAUCUACUGAGCUCUGCAAGGAUGCCAGCCUAGUAAUAGUCUUCCCAAACAAUACCGAUGAAAUCAAGAAUCUCACAAUAUUUGAGAUUUUGAAAGCCACUGACAAUUUCAACCAAGCAAACAUUAUUGGCUGUGGGGGUUUCGGAUUGGUCUACAAAGCAACUUUAGAAAAUGGGACCAAGCUGGCUGUCAAGAAACUAUCGGGAGAUAUGGGUCUGAUGGAGAGGGAAUUUAAAGCAGAGGUAGAAGCUCUAUCAACAGCCCAGCACAAGAACUUGGUUUCCCUGCAAGGUUAUUGUGUGCAUGAUGGCUUUCGGUUACUGAUAUAUUCCUACAUGGAGAAUGGAAGUCUUGAUUAUUGGUUGCAUGAGAAGAUUGACGGUUCAGUCCAGCUAGAUUGGCCAACUCGAUUGAGAAUUGCACAAGGAGCGAGCUGUGGGCUCGCUUACAUGCAUCAAAUCUGUGAACCACAUAUAGUCCAUCGUGACAUAAAGUCCAGCAACAUCCUCCUUGAUGACAAGUUUGAAGCGCAUGUUGCAGACUUUGGAUUGUCCCGAUUGAUUCUUCCUUAUCAUACCCAUGUCACGACUGAACUGGUUGGCACGUUGGGUUACAUUCCCCCGGAGUAUGGCCAGUCGUGGAUAGCCACUUUGAGAGGGGACAUUUACAGUUUUGGGAUAGUCAUGCUUGAACUGCUGACAGGGAAGAGACCUGUGGAGGUAUCUAAGCCGAAGAUGUCAAGGGAAUUGGUUGUUUGGGUGCAGCAAAUGAGAAGCGAGGGAAAACAUGAUGAAGUCUUCGAUCCUCUCCUGAAAGGAAGGGGCUUCGAAGAAGAGAUGUCGCAGGUGCUUGAUGUGGCCUGUUUGUGUGUCAAUCAGAACCCUUUGAAGAGGCCCACGAUUACAGAAGUGGUUGAUUGGCUUCAGAAUGUUGGGGCUGACAGGCAGCAAUCAAAAUGAAAAGGCAUUAGUAACAUGUAUGUAUACUUUACAGGACAUGAGUUUAUUGUUAUUGCAUGUUCUAAAGCAAAUAUACUUGUAUAACUAGUUGUCUGUGGAGACAAUAAAUUUUUUCCCUUAAAUUUAUCUAAUGACAAUGUAUGAUAACCCAUGUAUAAAUAGUAUAACCAUGUAAUCCAACUUCAGUUUACAAAGAAACUAAAGGUCAAGGCAUAAAAUUCUAAUA